GCGGUUGGGAUGAGCAGCCAAAAAUCCCCCCUGUCCCCGCCGCUAUGUCCUGCAAGGCUCUGGCCCUCUGCCUCCUGGGGCUCCUGGCUCUCUCCUCCGCUUGCUACAUCCAGAACUGCCCCAUCGGGGGCAAACGCGCUGUGCUGGACAUGGACAUCAGGAAGUGCCUGCCCUGCGGUCCCCGGAACAAGGGCCACUGCUUCGGGCCCAACAUCUGCUGCGGGGAGGAGCUGGGCUGCUACAUCGGCACCUCGGAAACGCUGCGCUGCCAGGAGGAAAACUUCCUGCCCACCCCCUGCGAGUCGGGACGCAAACCCUGCGGCUCCGGAGGGAGCUGCGCCGCUCCCGGCAUCUGCUGCAGCACCGAGGGCUGUGGCACUGACUCAUCGUGUGACCAGGAGAUGCUGUUUGCAUAGCCCAGCCGGGAGAGAAUCCACAGGAUCCUGCAUCCAUCACAUCCCAGCCCCGCCACAGGCUGGGAACAGCCGAGCCCAGGGCUGUGACUCAGACUGAAGUGAUGAGCUUAAUUAGAAAUAAAACUUGUACAGAAAAACAA